GAUGUUUCCCUUUAAAAGUCUGUGACGUCCUGCGCAUGUUUUUAUCGCCUCUGGCUCAGAGUCGCUGCUGAGGAUCAGUACAGUAAAAACAAGGAAGAAUAAAACUGCAAGAUCUGACUUUGAUCAUCUCAAACUACAGUUAUGCCUUCCGAUAGACCUUUCAAACAACGACGGACAUUCGCUGAUCGUUGUAAGGAGGUGCAGCAGAUACGAGAGCAGCAUCCUAAUAAAAUUCCGGUCAUCAUUGAGCGUUAUAAGGGAGAGAAGCAGCUUCCCGUUUUGGACAAGACCAAGUUUCUUGUACCUGAUCACGUCAACAUGAGCGAACUUGUGAAGAUUAUCAGGCGUCGUCUGCAGCUGAACCCAACACAGGCCUUCUUCCUGCUUGUCAAUCAGCACAGCAUGGUCAGCGUGUCCACUCCCAUCUCUGAGAUCUACGAGCAGGAGCGGGAUGAAGAUGGCUUCCUCUACAUGGUCUAUGCCUCGCAGGAGACUUUUGGCUGCUAAGCUUUAAUCCUGGCCCCCAGGAUUAAUCUGAGGGAGGAAGCCGAGAGAAGCCGGAGAAAACAGGCUCAAGCUAAAAGUCCCGUCUCUGUGUUUCUCUCUAAAAUCUAGCUUCUCUCCUGCCAUCUCUAAACUAACACUACCAUCAUAGUGUCUCGCUACAACACGAGCGUGCAUAUGACAGCACUACUGUACCUGCUAGUCCGACCCCUUUGACCUUUUUAAUCAACCCAACUCGCUCGUUCCACUUAGUAACAUAAGCCUGGGUGUACGUAAGGAGCUGUUUUUACUUUUUGCUCUGGCCCUGUUUGUUUUUAUGUUCUAGAAUUUUAUUGCUUUUAUUAGGACCGGUGUGUAAAAUAAUUAGCAACACUUUUCCAGUCACUGUAAAUAGGUUAGUGUCUGUUAUUUCUUUUUUUGGUUUUUUAAAGGUUAAUCUGUAGUCUAGGCAUUGUUGCAUUUUUCUGCUCUUGCUUGUAGUAAUCCGUCAAACAGUAAUCAUUUCUGACGCUGGAGUUAGAUUUUAAAAUCUUUCUUCAAAGGAAGUCAUAAACAAAAAUGUAGGCCCUAUCACAUUCACGCAUAUAAGCUUCAGUAGCAUCUGUGCACGGUUUUCUGGCCAUGUAAGAAAGAGCCCUGCAAACCAACUUCAGAGUGAAAAACCUGAAUAAACCUGAAAAAUGCCACACUACACAUACACAACUGUGUUUGACAGCUUAUAAAACCUGGGGUACAUGUAGAUGUGAUACAUGUAGACUUAAUAGCCAUUUUUAUCAUCUAUACAUUCACUUUAUUAGCAAAUCAGUGAGCCUCUAGAAUUAGAGUGCCCCAAUUCAGUGUCCAAUAUUUUAGCUUUGCAGUGGAACUAUGAGGCUAAUGUACAUGCAAAAUUUCUGCAUGUAAACAUCAUCGUUAACACCUAGUGUUUUAAUACGAAAAUAAGUAUUGCAGCAACAGAUUUUCUUUACAGUGGUGGGAAUAGAAACCAGACGUCAUAAUGUCUAUAACUCAACGUAUUUGUAACAAUUUCAUGUAAAGACAUUCUGUGAGGGAGCUUUCACAGGCAUUAAAUGCUUGAGAAGUUUCUUUUCAGUGGUGGUGAUAAGAACCAGAGGCCACAAUGUCUACAACACUAAUAUAGCUGUUUUUUCACUAUCCAAAGCCACCAGUGAACCUACAUGUCUUCUUUUUAUGGGUAAGGCUAAAAAUGGUAAUGAUAAUCUGAAAUUUUUUUUCUUUUUUUUUAGUUAUUGGUUACUAUUUUGCUUUAUCGUGUCUUGUAUGUACCACUCCACCCUGAGUGGAUUUUAGGCAAAAAAAAUUCUUGCAGAAGAAGACAAUGUGUAUGGAACCAUUUAAUUUCAUAACUUUCUGAUCUAUUAAAUUUCUCUAUAUCAGAGAAUUUCACAUCACAUGAGAUUUUCACAUGCAAACGGAAUCACUCUGAAUGACUUUGUUUACAUAUUAACUGCAUAAUUACAAAGAAAUUUUGAAAAUUUUGUAAACUUCAUGUGGUUUGAAGCAAGUUUUGUGUUUAGUUAAGUAUGCAGUGUGCACUAUGCUAAUUGAUAAAGUGUAAGCUUCCAUUACUUUUUAGCUACAUUAGCCUCAUAGCUACAGUGCAGAACUAAAAAAGCAAACUUCAGACACAUAACCUGUCCUGGUUGAUUGAUUACAUUAUUCGGGGAUUAAUUAGGUAAAUUUGAUUUCUUGCUGAACUAUUCCUUUAACGGUAAUCAUGAGAUAAUAAAGUGGAGGUAAAGGAUCAUCUGUAGGUUUAUCUAACACCAUUUAGGUCUUGUGUUUUCAUUUGGGCUAAAUAUGGGUUUCACAUACCUAUUUUAGUCCUUAUUACUGCCACCAGGUUCUGUAGGAUUGGGUACGUUUACAAAUACAGCUCUAGUGGUCAAGCCUAAACUGUGCGAGUAUGAAUGUGGUCUCUGUGUGUAUGUACGCCUCCAGUGAAACAGCAGUCUGUACUGUAUAUGGGCCGGAGGAACACAACACUAAAUGGGUGGUAGGUGAGGUUUCUUUUGGCAUACUCUAAUAAGUAGAAAUGAAUAUGCUUCUUUUGCACAAACAAAACAGCUAAGAGGAUGAACUCUGUUUAAAUGUAGAACUUAGAAAUCUAGCACAUAAUUGUAUUCUGUUUUAUAUCUGGCUUCUUUCCUUUCUAUCACUAUCCGACGUGUUUGCCUUCUGUCCAAAACUUCAAUGAAGGGUUUAUGAUGCACUACAAUACCUUUGCAUGUUUUUCUCAACCUUUUUUUAUAUAUUGAUUUUAUGCUAUAGAUUUGUUAAUUAUUUCAACUUUAUUUAACGCAGAAAGUCUUUUUAGAUGUUUUCGAACCAAAAAAAGAAAAAAAGAAACAGAAAACCUGAUAUAAAUAUGUAUGUAUGUAUGUGUAUGUUUGAAAUGUGUGUAUAAACCAUCAUAUGAUUAGCUCCA